AUGACCAUACUUACUAAGCAUUCAAAUCGCUCUUUGCAGAUUCUCAACUUAGUCCUUAUCUUUGGUAUCGUCCAAGUCCUUCGCAAGUUAGAUCUUGAGGAUCCUAUAAUUAUCACAUAUAUACGACUAGCUUAUUUUGCCUCACAACUCAUUGUUUUAGCAAUAUACUAUGUAAUCGGUCUCAAGAUAGAGAAGAGCAAUGAUGAAACAACUUUAAAGUAUGUUGAACCCGCAAAGCCGCUUACCAACGAGCAGCCCAAGUCUGUGAAGACGAAUUAUCGCGACUAUGAUCGCGAGAAAUUGAAGGAAGCUCUGAGAUCCGCUCUAACAGGAGCUGGCGUCUUGAUGGCAUUUCACCUCUAUUUUGGUUUCACACAACCGUUAGCUAUCCAAUCUAUUAUGUCAGUAAAGGCAGCAUUCCAAUUACCUCUCGCUCAGAUUCAUAUCUUGGGACAAAAAGCUGAAGGCGAUCUUAGAAGACCUUGGAAGAAUCCGAAUCCGUUUGCUAUUGGUGAUGCUAAUCAACCACAGGUUGAUAAGCAGGCGAUAAAACGGGCGGAGAAAGCUGAGAAGAAUGCGAAGAACAAGGACGAUUAA